GCCGUCUUGACCUGAUGCGUGUCCGGUGUCAGCCACGAAUCGUGUAUAACACAGUCAAGUCAGCGUACGAAGUGCAUGUCGGACCGCCGCUUCCGCCCAUCAUCAUGCAAACCCAAUUUGAAUCUAUCUGCCCAGCAGCAGCACGGUUCAGGGCGCCCUGAGCGCCAGAGUGGCGCUCCAAGUCAGCAGUCGUGAGUAUAUGUGUCUCCCGCGCGCACUUAUACCCAGCCCACUCCCCUGCUUGUGCUGCUUAGAGCUCCUUACACACACGCACACACCCCCGUAUAUGGAUGAACUAGGAAGCGCGGCCGCCGCAAAAGACACACGCUGCGUCUCCAAUAAAGUUCGCAUUGGUCCGCUUGAAUCGAAGCUGAAGAGCUUACGCGGGCCCCAAGCUGCAGAGUCUUUGGCCCUUGGCGCUGCAGCUAGGUGGUGCGUGACCUUAAAGUUGGACGCUCAAAGUGAACUGCGCAACUUAUUCGGGUGCGAGCGGUUUGUCAAUUUACGCGCUACGCUCAUCGAGUGGCCCGGGUCGCGGAUUAUUCAAGAUUGAAGAGGCCUCCUUCCGUCUCGACAUUCAACAUUGAAACUUUCAAGUCGCAACGCCAGCAGGAAAGACUCGCCUCGGUCAGCUCCACCUCCGAUUCUUGCUCUGCUCUGCUUGGUGGCUUCUCCCCUCGCGAAUGUGAGAAGAGACCAUAUGUGACUCGUGACUUCUUAUCGACACCAUUUGUUCCGAUGCCCACGCCGAGCGCUUCGUUGCACGGAGGUCACGGGUGGAGCUCCGAAAGCUGAUGAGACUGCUGGGAGACGAGUCAAAGUGUGAUAAGUGACGUAUAGGCAUGCAUAUAUCGUCUGCUGGACGACCGCGCAAACUCCGCCCAUAGAUUGCUUUGCCCACAUCUGCUGCGUGCUUGCUGCGUCUCCGAUCGAGUUCGCGGCGACAGGCCGCGACUCACGAG